AUGAACCCACCCGCACAGUUCGGGUCUAUCCCGCAAUCAGGCCUUCCAGUGCCUCAGCAGAUUCCAGUAACCCAGCAAGGCGCUCCAGCACAUGUCCCUCCGAAUGGAACCCGGCAACUUGAAAUUUCCAACCCAGACUAUGAUCCGCUCAUAGACACAUCUUCCUCCUCCCAGAAGGAGGAGCCGUACCCUACGAAGCGCACUUCCUGUCUCGAUGUCAAUAUCGGUGAGGAUAAUUGGCUUUUCGAAUGCCUCAGUCUCCUCCUUAGCAUCGCAUGCAUCGGCGCAAUCGCAGCGGUCCUGGGCACAAUGGACAACCGACCGUUAUCACAGUGGCAUAUGCCCAUCAACCCCAAUGCCUUGAUCUCCAUCUUUGCCACCGUUGCAAAAGCGGCUUUACUCUACCCCGUCGCCGAAUGCAUCAGCCAGUUCAAGUGGUUGUACUUCCGCCGAUACGCCCGUAAGACUAUCGACAUGCAACGGUUCGAUGAUGCGAGCCGCGGGCCCUGGGGGUCUUUUUGUCUGUUAUGGCAUUCUAAGAGAAGGGACGCCUUGGCAGUCAUCGGCUGUAUCAUCACCAUUUUGGCUUUAGCGAUAGAUCCAUUUGCUCAGCAGAUCGUCUCCUUCCCUUCUCGGACCGUCCCCAGCGAUACCGCUACUGCGUGGAUACGCAGGGCCCAGGCAUAUGACUCUGGCACAAUAGUUCGCACAGGUCUUGCGAAAGCCCAACAAAUUGAGCCGGGGAUGCAGGGAGCUAUUCUAAUGGGGAUUUACGGAAAAGCGGGAGAUCCGCACUUCUCCUGCCCCACGGGAAACUGCACAUUUCCAGAUCUGUCCACCCUAGGUGUCUGCGCAUCUUGCGAGGAUGUCACAGCAGAAUCGAAGAGCAAGUGUGCCCCGGGCAACGGGGCAUCCAUCAUCUCGACCUGCAACGUCACCACCCCAGGCGGAUUCCAACUCUCGGCGACAUACGGCAAGGGAUCCUCCGCAACCUCCUAUUGGACCAACCUCAAUUCGACUGCCGCUCGUGGAAACGGUUCGGUCAGCCUCGCGACCUUUGCGCUUAUGAAAGGUCCUCCGGACAAGCAUGGAGCUGUCAACGACGAACGGACCGUCUCCGAGUGUAGCAUCCGGUUCUGUGAGCGGACCUAUCGAGCAUUUCGCGUCACCGAUGGCUCGCCAGACGCGCCCUCCUACAACUUUCGGGAUAUCAACAUGACUUCUGUCCUCUCCAUUGAAAAUGCCCCCACCGCCACCUACGUCGGAUACGGGACCCUCCCCGCGACAGACAAACCGACCAACAGCUUCGUAAUCAACAGUGCGGACUUCAAUGCUAUUUCCGCCACCCUCAUCGCCCUAUUCACCACCAGCAGGUAUUCCGACAAUGCCCAGGAUAGUAGCGGCGGCCUGGAUGAGCGUGGCUUCGACAUCUCCAACACUCUCUUCCAGAGCACCAACUUAUCUCAUCUGAUGGACAACCUGGCCGACCGCAUGAGUGACUAUAUCCGCAGCGUGACGGCUACCGAUCUCGUCUUCAUUAAUGACGCUGUAGACGAUGCCGCUGCCAUGAUCAAUGCGACCACCGUCACGGUAGAGGGAAUUUCAUUCCGCGAGGAGACGUAUGUCCAUGUGAGCUGGCCGUGGUUCAUCCUUCCAGCUGGAGUGGUUUUCGCGGCUGCGGUAUUUCUUCUCCUCACCAUCAUCGUUAAUCGGGCUAGUCGCGGCCAGAUCUGGAAGUCGUCUAUUCUGCCGUAUAUAUACCACCCGCUUAGCGGGGAGAUGGUGGCGGAACAGAAUAGUUUGGAGAAGCUGGGGGAGAUGAGCGAAAGGGCGAGCAGGACGAGGGCGAGAUUGUUUAGAUAUGAGGACGGGCAUUUGAGGCUUGCGGUAUCGUGA